AUGUCAAAGGUUGCAUUAAUCACAGGCGGAGCAUCUGGGCUCGGAUUGGCCACGUCUCGAGCCUUUGCUAAAGAUGGGUGGACAGUCGCAAUUGCAGACUUGAAUGUUACAAGCGGCGAGCAGGUUGCAAAGGAGCUCGGCGGCACCUUCUACAAGACCAACGUCACAGACUGGGACAGUCUGUCCGACACGUUUGCCCGAGUCUGGAAGGAGUAUGAAAGACUUGACUUUGUGUUCGCAAACGCCGGUAUCGUAGAAAAGGUCGACAUCUACAAGCACGAAGAAUCGGAUGCCAGGGGACUGCCACCCAAGUUGGACACGACUGUGAUGGACAUCAACCUAACAUCUGUUAUCAACACAUCGUAUCUGGCCAUCCACUUCUUCCGAAAGAACACAACACCAGGUGGUGCACUGGUGAUAACAGCGUCUUCAGGAGGUCUAUACCCAGUCCCCUUUCUCCCCAUGUACGGCGCGGCGAAGCAUGGCUGCGUAGGUUUCACGAGGUCAAUCGCCACCACUGUGUCCAAAGAGGGCAUUCGAGUGAAUUGUAUCUGUCCUGGAGCUGUGCGGACGGGAUUACUGGCGCAGCACGAAUGGGAUAGAUUUCCGCAAGCUACGUUUGUCCCGAUUGAGAAUGUUGUCAAGGCAGUGCAGAUGCUGGUCAACGACGACACUCUCAAUGGUAAAGCAGUCGAGUUAAUCAAGGACGAAUGGAAGUUCAGGGAUCCGCCUGAAUUUGAAGAUGAGGCCAUGAAAGAAGUCAUGUCUGUGGACGGCACGGCUUUUGAUAGUCAGAGACAUUAG